AAGUGACGCGUACGGUAAACAGGUGCUGUAGCCGUGGCAGCGGCGGGAGCGGGCGGCUCCGGGUGGCAGAGUUAGCUACCGACCGGAGAGCGGAGCCGCCGUCUCCCGCGCCCGCCCCGCCCCGCCCCGCGGCGGGCCCCGGCCUCAGUCAUGGCUAAAGAUAUCCUGGGAGAUGCAGGCCUGCACUUCGAUGAGCUGAAUAAGCUGCGAGUGUUGGACCCCGAGGUGACACAGCAGACCAUAGAACUCAAGGAGGAGUGCAAGGACUUUGUGGACAAAAUUGGCCAAUUUCAGAAAAUAGUAGGCGGCUUAAUUGAACUUGUUGACCAACUUGCAAAAGAAGCUGAAAAUGAGAAGAUGAAGGCAAUUGGAGCUCGAAAUUUGCUUAAAUCCAUAGCAAAGCAAAGGGAGGCCCAACAACAGCAGCUCCAGGCUCUAAUAGCAGAGAAGAAAAUGCAGCUAGAAAGGUAUCGAGUUGAAUAUGAAGCUUUGUGUAAAGUAGAAGCAGAACAAAAUGAAUUUAUUGACCAAUUUAUUUUUCAGAAAUAAACUGAUUUUUACAGUAAAAACCCUAUUUUUAAAAAGACCAAAAAAACUGCCCACCCCCUCCCAUUCCAAUAAACUUGAUGACCACAUGCGCAUAUAUGCAACUUGGGAUUGUAACCAAUACCAUGUCUUCUUGAAAGGCAAUAACCAAACUUUUUUUAGAAUUCUGCCCAAUUGUAGCCAGAUGGCUGUAAACAGGACCUUGCCCAUCUGUCCAGAAGCCAGGACAGCAGGGCUGACCAUCUUGUGCUAUGGAUUCUUCUGUGUUGUCAGUCUCUGAUCUAUAGCUACAUCUGUCAACACCAGUCCUUUUUGAAGCACCUACCACUUUGAAAGAAAUAAGGCAAUAAAUUAUUAUUUCUAGA